AUGAAGUUACAAGGAAAGGUUCACCAUGAUUUAGUGGGUGUAGUACUGCCAGAGUCUAAACAACUCAUCCUCGGAGUUCCUUACUUAUUAGAUCAUCAUGCAAAACUAUACAUGAAGGAGGGUUGGAUUCAGCUAGACGAUGAAUGGUUCCAACUUUGUAAAACUCAUCGACCUUUGAAGGCGUUUCGAUCAGUCAUGUCAUGUGAAAUUGACCAAGGAAUGGAGGCUAGAUUGGAAAGUCAAUUACAGAAUAUUGAUGAGGGAAGUGUAAAGCAGGAAUUAAGAAGAAUACUCUUACGUUUUUCCGAGCUUUGGCGAGAUGAUAGCAUGGGAAGAACGUCUGUAAUACGACAUGCCAUUCACGUAAUCUCGAAUCGACCAAUAGCUUGUAGAUGUCGAAAAUACUCAGAAGAACAGAAGAAGAUCAUUGAGACAGAAGUGAAGUCGAUGCUAGAGAAAGGGGUUGUACGCCCUAGUGAAAGUCCGUAUGCCUCUGGCAUUGUUUUAGUAAAGAAGAAGACUGGAGAGUGGCGGUUCUGUAUUGAUUACAGCCCACUCAA